AUGUCUUCUUGGGGAGAUACAGCAUUUGGGACAUAUACACGUCCCGUGUCUCUGCUCUUUGGCAUGGAGGUCUCACCUCUUGUUUCUCGGCUCACGUCAUCGAUAGAAGCUAUGGUGGUGGAUGACAGGGCCGUUGCAGCGGUCGAAGCCCCUUCGAUCCCGGUGUUCGCUGGCGUCGGUGAUGGAUCGACUCCUGGAGACUGGGACGUUCGAGACUUGACUCCGAUCGACGUGGGCGGCGAGACGGCGCUGGCGGCCCCGGACAUCGACGAGAAUUUUGUGUGGCCAACCUCACCACGCCAGCUGGUGUCUUUGCCGGACGUAUCAUCAGAUGUUCAGUACGGUGUCGGGUGCAAUGAGCUCCCACCCAUUGAUAUCUGUCUGGUAGGUUUUGCUGAGCCUACCAAGGAUCUCAAUGCUGUGCCAGAGACCUCUAGUAUCUCACAAAACAUACUUGCCCAUAGCAGAAUGCUACUCACCUGUCUUCCUCUCUGA